CUAGCUGACUAGCCCAGCCGCCCAUCCGAAAGAGAGACCGCGUGCGAUCCAAGCGGACCGAGUAGAAGAAGCGAAGCGAAGCGAAGUCGUCGCCGGAGGAGGAGGAGAGGAGGCGGAGCAAAGAUGUCGUGGCAGGCGUACGUCGACGACCACCUGAUGUGCGAGAUCGAGGGCCAGACCCUCACCUCCGCCGCCAUCGUCGGCCACGACGGCAGCCCCUGGGCGCAGACCCCCAACUUUCCGCAGUUUAAGCCUGAGGAGAUUACUGCCAUCAUGAAGGACUUUGAUGAACCUGGAACCCUUGCACCGACCGGUCUUUUCCUUGGAGGCACAAAAUACAUGGUGAUCCAAGGUGAACCUGGUGUUGUUAUCCGAGGAAAGAAGGGCACUGGAGGCAUUACUAUCAAGAAGACCAACCUGGCCUUGAUUAUUGGUAUCUAUGAUGAGCCAAUGACUCCAGGACAAUGCAACAUGAUUGUGGAGAGGCUCGGCGAUUAUCUGAUCGAGCAGAAUUUCUAAGCUCUCAUAUGUUAUUUUGGUCAUUUGGCACUGAGUUUGCACCUCAUUUGCUUCAGUAAUCUGCGAGCUUGCAUCUGUUUGGUGUACCACAUAAUAUGCAGUGAAUAAUUAGCUUGGGUUUGUUGGUUGGUGACAUGUUGAAAAAGGAUUUAAUUGGGCUUUAUGUUUGGCAUUGCGUCAUAUCAAACUCAGCUGUCGUUUCACUGAGUAAUGUACAUUUGUCUGGUCAUGGUACUUGUGGACUCUGCUGCUUUAUGGAGACGAGGUCAUUUUACUGA